CGUUGACAAUGAAUCCAAAGUGAAUUUGUCGAAUUGUCUCGCUGUCUUAUGUUUUUUAUUUGGCUUAGCUUAGCACUUUCUUAAUGUUUUCCUUUUGUUUAAAAAAGCCAAAUUUAGCUAAAGACCGCAAUUAAAAAAUAGUAUGAGUGACAUUCCAGAAAAUGCGCCUCAACAUUGUCCUGGUACCGAGAGCCAAGAUGCUGGUAAAGCGUCAGCAUGUGCUGGGUGCCCUAACCAGAAUAUAUGUGCCUCUGGAGCAGCCUCCUUACCGGACCCAGCCAUAGAUAUAAUUAAAAACAGACUAUCAAAUGUGAAGCACAAGAUAUUGGUACUGUCGGGCAAAGGUGGAGUGGGAAAAAGCACAGUCACAUCACUAUUGGGGCACGGACUGGCUGCUAAGAGUCCUGAUAUUAAUGUAGGCAUCCUGGACGCGGACAUCUGCGGGCCGAGCCAGCCGCGGGUGCUGGGCGUCCAUGGAGAGCAGGUCCACAACUCGGGCUCCGGAUGGUCGCCGGUUUACGUGACUGAUAAUCUGUCAUUGAUGUCAAUUGGAUUCUUGUUAGGCAGCCCCGACGACGCUGUCAUAUGGAGGGGGCCUAAGAAAAAUGGUAUGAUCAAACAGUUCCUCAGUGAGGUGGAUUGGGGAGAAUUGGACUACUUACUGAUCGACACACCACCAGGCACAUCAGACGAGCACCUGUCCGCGGUAUCCAGCAUAGAUUUCACAUUUUUAAUUUUAGUCGCGGGUCUACAAUUAUUAGACACGCCGCAGGAGGUGGCGCUGCUGGACGUGCGCAAGGAGCUGCAGUUCUGCCGGAAGGUCGGCGUCCCCGUGCUCGGCGUGGUCGAGAACAUGUCGCUGUUCGUGUGCCCCAAUUGCAAGAGUCGAAGCGAAAUCUUCCCGGCGACGACGGGCGGCGCGGCGCAGAUGUGCGAGGACCUCGGCGCCGCGCUGCUGGGCCGCCUGCCGCUCGACCCGCUGCUGGCGCGCUGCUGCGACCAGGGCACCGACUUCCUGCAGGCGCUGCCCCACUCGCCUGCCGUCGUCGCGCUCAACGAUAUCGUUGACAAAAUAAUAUCAGCCUGUGAAAGUACUUGAAGUUGAAUUAAUCGUCGACCAGUGAAGCCUUAAUAUUAUAACUUAAGACUAGUCAAAAAUUCAGGUGUUACACCUUGUAUUAAAAACGUUGGGAUAAUAUUAUUGAAAUAUUAUAUUUUCUUUGUAAUUAAAAUUCAAUAUGAAAUAAAGUAA